AUGGGCCGCCUGCACACAUCAGGCGCGCCCGCCUUUGUCACGUGGCUGCAGUUUGCGUCGACGGCCGUCGCCGUCCGGCUCGCCUCCACCGCCGGCUGGGUCGAGACGGACGCCUUUGAGUGGUGCAAGCUCAAGCACUUUGCGGUUUACGUGCUCGCCUUCUCGGGAGGCACGUGGUCAAACAUGCACGUGCUGAUGACUGCGAACGUGGAGACAGUCAUCGUCUUUCGUGCGUGUGCGCCGCUGGCCGUGUCUGUCUUCGACUACGCCUUUCACAAGCGAGCGCUGCCGUCGGCGCGCUCGUGCGCAGGCAUGCUCGUCAUCGUCGCCGGCGCGCUCGGCUACGUCUCGACCGACAACCGCUUCCUCGCCGACGGCCUCGCCGCCUACUUUUGGGUGCUCGUCUGGUGGGGGCUGCUCGUGUUUCAGCUGAC